CAACAAGUUUUCUCUACAAACAUGCUUGGGUAGCGUUGUGGCCCGCUAGGACAGGGAAUUGCGCACGAAAUAGAAGAACGACUCUCUUAUCGUCUCGUCAUCCCAACUUCCCCCCAGACACAUCUUCAUCAGCAGCUUUUUCUUCUCUUCUGAAGAAUUACCGCCAAGAUGUCGGAUCCCAACGCCACCGAGGCGGAGAAGAACAUCGAGAUCUGGAAGGUCAAGAAGCUCAUCAAACGGCUCGAGGCGGCUCGUGGUAAUGGCACCAGCAUGAUCUCUCUGAUCAUUCCGCCCAAGGAUCAGAUUUCCCGCGCCGCCAAGAUGUUGGCGGAAGAAUACGGAACGGCUUCGAACAUCAAGUCGCGUGUCAACCGACAGUCCGUGCUCUCCGCCAUCACAUCGACCCAGCAGCGACUCAAGCUUUACAACAAGGUGCCUCCCAACGGCCUUGUUGUCUACUGCGGUGAAAUCUUGACAUCCGAAGGCAAGGAGCGGAAGGUCAACAUCGACUUCGAGCCCUUCAAGCCCAUCAACACCUCGCUGUACCUCUGUGACAACAAGUUCCACACCGAGGCGCUGGCUGAGUUGCUCGAGUCGGACCAAAAGUUCGGAUUCAUCAUCAUGGACGGUAACGGUGCCCUCUUCGGCACGCUGAGCGGGAACACCCGAGACAUCAUCCACAAGUUCUCCGUCGACCUGCCCAAGAAGCACGGUCGUGGUGGUCAGUCGGCGCUCCGGUUCGCCCGUCUCCGCGAGGAGAAGCGCCACAACUACGUGCGCAAGGUGUCGGAGUUGGCCGUCCAGAACUUCAUCACGGCCGACAAGGUCAACGUCGCCGGUCUCAUCCUGGCGGGUUCGGCCGAUUUCAAGAACGACCUGAACCAGUCCGACAUGUUCGACAACCGCCUGCAGAGCAAGGUCAUCAAGGUCGUAGACGUGUCGUAUGGUGGCGAGAACGGGUUCAACCAGGCCAUCGAGCUGGCGUCGGAAACCCUGGGCAACGUCAAGUUCAUCCAGGAGAAGAAGCUCAUCGGCAAGUACUUCGAGGAGAUCAGCCAGGAUACCGGCCGCAUCUGCUACGGUAUCGAUGACACGCUCAAGGCGCUGGAACUCGGUGCCGUCGAGACUCUUAUCGUGUUUGAGAACCUCGAGAUCACUCGCUGGGUGCUGAAGAACAGCGAAGGUGCCGAAAUCAUCCUUCACACCACCAAGCUGCAGGAGCAAGGCGACCGCUCGCAGUUCAUGGACAAGGAGACGGGGCAGGAGAUGGACGUGGUAUCGCAAGAUUCGUUCCUGGAAUGGAUCGCCGAACAUUACAGGGACUUUGGCACAACCCUCGAGUUCGUGUCGGACAGGUCGACGGAAGGAAACCAGUUUGUCAAGGGCUUUGGCGGCAUUGGCGGCCUUCUCCGAUACAAGGUCAACUUUGAGCAGCUCGCUGACUUUGAGGACGAUGAUGAGUUUUAUGACGGAUCCGCUGAAGUGCCAACUACGCUGGAACAUGAUCAAGCCGAUUUCUACCAGCAGGCUCCGCCCGAGCCAGCACCAAGCGCAAACACGAACGCAAGCGCAAGCGCAGGCGCAGGCGCAGGCGCAGGCGCAGGCGCAAGCACCAGCGCCGCUCAUGGGCGCCUGAUGGGCCGAUCCGCGGCCAACUCCAACCGGGGCCAGGGUCACCAGACGGCGCGCCCGAGCCCGCUCCGUUCCGUCAUGAUGGCCGGCUGA